UCAUAUUUCAGAAACCCACUGAUUAUAACAGAUGAUCUUCAACGUUAUGAUUUAUAACAGAUAACAGUCAUAUCCAUGGCGGUUAUUUGUGUCGUGGUGAGAGGUAUGAUGGUGGGAGGAAAUGCUGCAGUGUGUGCGACCACCAGAUGUAUUUGUCUUCUCAGAAACACUUCUUUAACUUUGUCUUCCCAAUACUUCACCAUUAAAAACAUCAGGCUUCCGCUUACUAAACAUCGCUGGGGUCGAUGCCUUUGCACAGGAAAUGGAGUCUCUGCAGAUACUAGAAGGAAGGCAAACGCAGACAAGGACGAAGCAGCAAGACAAAGGCAACAUCAAGGCUACUCCAACCGUACCGGUCAUUCAGAUGGGUAAAAUUCCUUUGGAAGAGAUUGAAAAGGAAUUAGCAAAAGUUGGAAUACCUUCAGAUGCUGUUGGAGGAAUUCUUCAGGCUUUGUCAUUGUCAUCGUUUGAACUUGAAGAGUUGCUUGGUUCAGGUGGCGGGGGAGUUUCUGAACUGAAACAACUAUUUUCUUUUGCAAAUGAAUAUGGCUAUGCUGAUUGGAUUGAGUUUGAUGCAUCUGUCGUUCGUGGCCUAGCCUAUUACACUGGAACUGUAUUUGAGGGAUUUGACAGAGAUGGAAAACUCAGGGCAGUUUGUGGAGGUGGGCGGUAUGAUUGGCUCCUCUCUACAUUUAGUGGUGAAGAUAUUCCUGCAUGUGGUUUUGGUUUUGAUGAUGCUGUCAUAGUAGAAUUGCUGAGGGAAAAAAAAUUGAUCCCAGUGCUUACUCAGAAAAUUGAUGAUAUAGUUUUUCCAUUGGACAAGGAGCUUCGACAAGCAGCUGCUAUGGUGGCUUCCUCUUUAAGAAGCAAAGGGAAUGUUGUGGAUCUUAUUCUGGAGGACAGACGCCUGAAAUGGGCUUUCAAGCAUGCAGAGCGAGUUAACGCAAAGAGAAUGUUUCUUGUUGGUGAUGCUGAAUGGAAACGUGGUGCUGUGCGUGUAAAAAAUCUUGCAACCAGGGAAGAAUCUGAUAUUUUGAUUAAUGAUUUAGAGUAAGAUAACUCAACCAGUUCUUAUACAAGGUAAACAUUUAUACAGAUUGUUUGUUUCAGUGGAUCCCUCUACAUCAGGAGUAUCCACUCCUAGAUUGAGUUAAUAUUUAGAUAGGAUAUGUAAAAGAAAAGGGAGGUUGGAAAUGGAAAAUGCAGGUCUAUUAGUUGGAUAUAGAUAAAUUGGGAUCACAAAGCCAUUCCUAAGCUUGGUAGAUUCUGGAACUUGGAUUCUGCUCACGUAUAGCUGCAUGUCAGGUUCCACUGCCAUUAAUCAACAUCAAGUAUGAACCUGAACAGGGUACUGUAAAGGAUACUUGGAGGACAAUAAUCCUCAGAUUCAUCAAUAUAUGCUAACCUGAAUUCAUUUUU